AACGUCCUGUUCCCGGACACACGCAUGCUGAAUGGAGAUUGACAGAUGACCGCACCAGCGGAGGAAGUCAAACUACGACAGCUUUUAAUAGAUUCUUGUUUUUGAAACCGAGAAGAAGAAAACACAAUAGGCUGGAUGGAUUUAUCACAAGAAUAUGAUUAUGCACAGUUUUGUUUUACUGCAAUGAACAACUCUUGCAUUAAAGGCACAUACAGCGUAGUCACACAGACAGUGUUGUAUCUCCUCUUGCUGUCUGCAAUGAUUGUGACCAUUCUAGGAAACUCAGUGGUCAUCAUCUCCAUAGCGCACUUCAAACAGCUCCAAACCCCCACCAACAUACUGGUGAUGUCUCUGGCUCUGGCGGAUCUAUUGCUGGGAGUGAUCGUCAUGCCAUUGAGUAUCAUUCGCUCUGUGACUGGCUGCUGGUAUUGUGGAGAUGCCAUCUGUCUGCUUCACUCCAGUUUUGACUUGUUUCUCACAUCUGUGUCUAUUUUUCAUCUUAUUUUUAUUGCUAUUGACCGAUAUCAGGCCGUGUGUCAUCCGCUUCAGUACCCGACACGAGUCACCAUACCUGUUGCUUGGGUCAUGGUGCUGUUAAGCUGGAGCUUGGCUGCUUUGUAUUCUUACAGCCUUGUGUACUCAAAGGCUAAUGUCGAAGGAAUGGAAGUUGAAUCUAAAGACUGUUUAGGAAGUUGCAGUCUCCAUUUCAAUGCAUUGUGGUCGGUUCUAGACGCAUUAUUUACUUUCUUUGUGCCAUGUUCUGUCAUGAUCGGACUGUACGCCAGGAUUUUUGUUGUGGCUAAAAAACAUGCAAGAAACAUUGGUGAUCAGCAUGAACAUGAGAACAAGUUUAAGACUUCUCGACGGUCUGAGCGCAAGGCAGCAAAAACUCUCGGUAUUGUCGUGGGUGCUUUUAUCCUUUGCUGGUUGCCUUUUUUUCUAAACUCAAUGUUGGACCCCUACAUUAACUUUUCCACUCCAUUUGAGCUCUUUGAUGCAUUUGGUUGGUUAGGCUACUUUAAUUCUACCAUAAACCCCAUCAUUUAUGGACUUUUCUAUCCAUGGUUUAGAAAAACACUUUAUCUCAUUUUAACAUUACGAAUAUUUGAACCCAACUCUUCGGAUAUAAUUGUUUACACUGUUUGA